UUUCACCUUCUCUUGAAUCUCAAUCUCUUUGGCUUUGGCUUUGCAUUUGCAUUUCUCAAGGGUUUUAAAAGAACUGCCACUGAUUCUCUGCGUCGAGUGCUCAGCUUUAAGGCACAGAAGGUUCUUCUUUGUUGUUGGCUUGGUGUGUUUCUCUUGAUUUUGUGUACUGGAUUUUGUUUUAGCUCCCUGCAAGAGAGCUGGUACGUUCGGUGGGGUUGACUGAACUUUCCAAGGUCAGAAAUUUAGGAUUUUUAUCAAUCGAUGUGCUUUUCUUGGGUUCGUUUAAUUCAAAUCCCUUUUUUGUAUGAACGAAGAUAGUAAACCCAUUUUCCAAGGAAUAACGAGAUAGAUCAGAAAGGCCACCAAGUGAGCUCUCUGCAUCGAGUUUGGAAUCAACAAUGGUGAGCUUAAGAAGACACACACACUUCAGACUAUGCGCUGGAAGAACAUCACUUCCUAGGUUUUGUGACAUCAGAACUGCCCUGACUUCUAGCCAUGCAAAACCAAAGAGUGUGCAUCGGAUGCGGUCAAAUGGUUCAAAUGAUGUAAAUCAGCCAGAGAGGAAUGCGACUGCUAUAGGGGCAUCCGCGAAGGUUUUCACCGAUGCAGUGCUGGCUUUGCCUGCUUUUGAAAAUGUGGGAAGUGAGUCAGGACACUCUCGUAUACAGAGGCGGCGCUUUGAGAUUGAUGGUAGUUCUCUGGGGGCUUAUAUAUCUCAAAGCAACCAAGUUAUACCCUUGCAGAGCCAAGUAAAAGACCAAGAAUCUUACACCCUUCAGCUUGACAACAAGAUAGAGAACUUGCAAACCAUGGUCAGCAAGCUAGAGGAGAACACACAGCAAACCGGUGAGCUGGACACUGCAAAGGUUGAACUUGAGAAGCAGCAAGCAGACUUGGAGAUGCUUGAGUUUCACAAAUUACUUUUGCAAAUGGUUGAGAAGCUGUGCGGGAAUGUAGAGCUCAUGCAUCAGGUAGACUUAGUGAUGGGUGAGCCUAACCAAAUGCAGCUGAGGGAGAUUUUGCAAAAGGUUGAGAAGCUGCGUGAGGAUCUCAGUAGCUUCGCUUCAGCCGGUGUUGUGGAGGAUUCUGCGGCUCCAACAGACUGAGAAGACAAAGAGAGAUUGACUGAUAACUAAAGGCUAGUUUAGAUUAACAGAAAUAGAGAGGAAAGUAAACAUAUUUUUGGGAGCUUUUUCUUUGGUAUGUAUCCAACCCACCCUCUUCAAGCAAAGCCCUGUGGGAUUGCACAUAUACAACUCAAGUGCUAUUAGUACAAAUUAUGAAAUUAACUA